UGUAGUCACAUACACUAGCACAUCCAUAUCACUCUUAUAUCCACUUUGGGUUGAUAGUUUUUAAAGUCAUAGAGGCAAUUAAAAUAUACACUGUUAGAUGAGUCAUUGGGGUAGUCAGGGAUGGGGGUUAAAUCCGAGGUAUGGUCUCCAGUGCUGAGCGCCCGUCGCCAUGCCUCAGAAAAUUGUGGAUCAAGGACUUCCUGCUCAUGGCCUGGCAGAAGGAUGCCAAAUCUGUCAAGAUCAAAAAGAACAAGGAUAAUGUGAAGUUCAAAGUUCGCUACAACAGGUACCUUUACACCCUGGUCAUCACAGACAAGGAGAAAGCUGAGAAGUUCAAACAGUCUCUGCCCCCUGGCUUGGCAGUAAAGGAGCUGAAAUGAAGCAGACCUCUGUGUUUGACUAUUAAAAACUCUAAAAAAUA